CAACCACCUGAUAAGCCCAGAAAAACGGGCCUUUCAAGGUCGCUGUCGACCAAACGUUGCCGCCAUCCUUCUUCGGUGAAAAUCUACUAAAAAUCAUUGUAGCGUAGUUAGUGAAGAGACAGGUUCGAAGCGCUCUCUGCAUUCAGAUGAUGCAAUAAAACUGUAAUGAUAAUUUAAACAAUAUAUAUAUAUAUAUAGAAAAUUGUUAUCAUGGCUGACAAUUCAUUUCUCUCCUGCUCUAUUGGCUCGCAACUUCCCACAAAUCUACUGGUUCUUAAACCGACUAUAGUAAGAAGAAGACUUCUCAAGCUGAACCCUGUUACAAAGCCUGGCACCCAGGAGAACAAAGACAAAGUGGAAGAACCUCUUAAAACUGUGAAUGGAGGACCGGCAGAAACCAACGUUCAUUCUACACCCGAAGAGAAAACGGAAGAGGUUGUGGAUUCUGUGGACAUGCCAGUACCAAGAGAAAACGGCAGCCCAAACGAGAUGAUGUACAAAACAAGCACAACGUUAGACAUUAAUGAAGACGUUGAAACCGCAAAUGACGUUACUUCACUAUCCACAACUUCCAGUUCUACCGGAUCUUGUGCAACUACAAUUGUUGCCAAUACUGACUGCCAGGAGUCACAGCGAUGGGAUGAAGCACAAUCGACUAGGAACAGCAGCAGUCCGCAGAUACCCAAAAAAGCAGAAAACGGAACCAAAGAGGGUGAAAACCAAGAGGAACAUUCCAUUUCAAGUAAUCGCUACUCACCAAUAAACGUCACCAUAACCAGUACCAGCAGAAAAGUAUGGACGCCUGGACAGCCAAUUUCUUGUGCUUCCUCGGAAACGAAAAGUCAGGAAUUGAGACGCGAAGAUGAGAAGUCUAAGUUCAAGGACGUUUCGACAGUAAGACAGUCAAUUGGGAAUGGGCCAGACGAAAAUACACACUUCAAAAACAUGAAAAUGAACACAGAUGGAGUAAUAGUAGAAAAUGAUGAAAAUAAGAAACACCCAAAUGGGCACUGUCAAUGUCAUGGUUAUGACACUUGGAAAAUAUCAAACGCACCAUCAGAUCCUUCUAUACUCUCAUCAACCGGCGUAUCUUCUAACCGGUCGCAGCAUAAAAGUGUUCUAAACAACAUACAAUCAAAAGAAACAAAACGUGGACAAUCUUCAAGUUCUGUUUUACAACCAAGCAUGAAAGCUUCAUCACAUUCUCAAGUGGAAGGAGUUUGUAGGUUACCUGUAACUCAGAAUCCUAUCGUCAUUAUUAUGCAGAAGGCACGAGAAGGCCAACUGCCUAAAGGACCAUCAUACAUUGAUUCAAAACCAGAUCAUUUGAAAGAAAAAAGCCCCAGAAACAAAUACUAUAUAAACACAGUGUCAGAUUUAAACUUGAUGGGUGAGAAGAUACCAUCAAAGUAUUAUAGUUCCUGGCUACAAGACAAAGGCAUUCCUGAUGGUCUUCAAUUGGAUAGAAAGCUAAAUUACUGGGAAGUACAGGAUCAGUAUAAUAGUGACUGGUAUAGGUCUAUGUACAGGUCACUGCAUAGGCUGGAACAGCUAGAAGGGAAGGUUUCUCAUGCUGGUGGAUAUGUGUCUGAGCCUGAGUAUGACAGAAAGGAUUAUACUCGAGGUUCCAAAUGCACAAUCUAUGGACAUCGUUCUAAACAAGACAGAGAUCGAGGGCCUAAAGAACUUCUGCAGGAGAAACGAAAUUUUCAAUUGUCUCAGUUCCAACCUUCACAACGGACAUGUGAAGAAGUGUACAAAAAUCAGCCUUACAGCAUAGCAGAAUAUGAACCUGGUAAAUCAUCCAUUGCUCAAAAGCAAGCCAAAUUAGAAGAAGUUUACAAUGAAAAGCAAAAACAAAGAUCUCUUCUCCAGCAAGACCACUGUCCAAAACAGCCCUAUAUCUUCUCUGAUGGUUACGAAAGUGACUCAAUGUUAAUAAAGAAAACUGGGAAAACUGAUAUGGUGGAUCCUGAACAGCAGAAAGCUUGGUACCGAGAAAUACAGCGUGGAGGAGAGAUCCCUUUCACAGGACUUAGGAAGCGAGCACCGGAGAAACCCAAAGAACCGUUGAUUGGUCCACCACCACCAACACCCAGGCUCGAUGAGGCUGACAUCUUAACAGCAUAUUAUCCUAGCUACACCCGUGAACCAGCUUCCCCUCACCAAUACCAGGAAUCAGUAGUAAACAUUCACUAUCGAAGUCCAGUAAGGAACUUGGAAAAAGAUUAUAUCGACGAGGAAGAACUGAGACAUAAGCAAGAGGAUGCAAUGAGAAAAUUCUAUGAAGAAGAGAAAUACAAAAAGGAGCUUCAACAGCUGGAAGAAAUGGAAAAGCGUCGACAUAGUGAUAACUUUAUUCCUUCUCAGAAGUCUCCAAUUGCAUUAAACCGCUAUGAAGAUCCUUUUGGCUCUCCAACAACUCCACUUCCAAAGACUUCUGAACCUCGCGAUGUUGCCCGGGUUUUGUACAAUUUUACCGCACAUUCAGCUAAAGAGUUAAGUGUGAAGAAAGGUGACAUUGUCUACAUAACCAAAAAUAUCGAUAAAAAUUGGUUCUUAGGAGAACAUCAUGGGAUGGUAGGGAUAUUACCAUUCAGUUAUGUAGAGUUAAUACCACAAGAAGCUGUAAACCUCCAACCCAAGAAGACCAAAACAGAAGGAAAAGGUCUGGCUAAGUACAAUUUUCUUGUCCAAACACCACUAGAGCUUCCUCUGUACAAGGGACAGGAGUUGGCACUGAUUCAAAGGGUAGAUCAGAACUGGUACGAAGGAAGGAUUGGGAAUAACAGGGGGAUUGUACCUGUUUCUUACAUUGAAGUACUUAAAGAACCUGAUAACUCAGCACGUUCUGUGUCACCCAAGGCUCCUCUGGAUCCUAUAUUUUCUGGCAAGGAGCCAUCUUUCACUAGAAGUCCACAAGCAUGGGACCACCUACAGACUCCCAACUCCCAUAAUUCUGUGUCGCCCAGAGAUAAACAUCAGGUUAGAAGAACUUAUGAAGAUGAAAAAGAGCCCAUCACUCAGAGCCUUCACAUAGAUACUUACAACGGCUUAAUCCCCUACAGGGUCCUAUACUCACACAGACCUCAGAAUAAUGAUGAACUUGAGCUUCUUGAAGGAGACAUAGUUUAUGUUAUGGAAAAGUGUAAUGAUGGUUGGUAUGUGGGGACCUCCACAAGAACAGGGAUUUUAGGAACUUUUCCAGGAAACUAUGUUGUAAGAAUCUAACAUGUAAGAUGAACAAGUUGAAAAUCUAAGGAGAGAGAAAAAUUCCAAAAGAACAAUCAAAUGUUAAUAUUGUGUUUAAUUCUUACAUUACUUUUAAACUAUAGAAUUAGAAAUAUUUCAACUCUUUCAAUGC